AUGGAUACCGGCAACUUCCUGGCGGGGAUUUGCUUUUUUCUUCUGUCCCUCUACGGCUUUAUCUCAUCCUCACCGGCGCCAGGCUUUUGUCCCGACCGCUGUGACUGUCAGCACCCGCAGCACCUCAUGUGCACAAACCGCGGGUUACGCACUGUGCCAAAACCUGGCGCGCGUACGUCCGAGGGGGUGCUGAUCUUCAGCCUUGGGGGUAAUUUUAUCAGCAACAUCUCUGCCUUCGAUUUCACAUGGUACAGCAAUCUACUGAGGCUGAAUUUACAGUACAAUCAAUUAGAAACCAUACACCCAAAAGCAUUCGAGAAGCUCUUCAAUCUAGAGGAACUCUACUUGGGACAUAAUCUUUUAUCAAAUAUACCUGCUGGGGCUUUACAACCCCUGAAGAAGUUAACAGUUCUCUAUGGGAAUGAUAAUGACAUCGGGAAAAUCACACCGGAACUCUUUGCCAACUUGGAUAAUCUUGUGAAACUGCGCCUGGAUGGCAACUCCAUAGAAGUUCUGCAGGACUCCGUUUUUAAAAGCCUCCCCAAACUGCAUUAUCUCCACCUGGAAUCGAACAAACUGCAGCAUAUUCACAGAAACGCUUUCUCUAAACUCACUAACCUUCGUUUUCUAAACUUGGCACACAACAAGCAGUCAGCCCUGCGCAAUGCCCUCACUUUUUCCCAACUUAAAGCUCUGACAACUCUGCUGCUGUCUGAAAAUGAAAUUCAAUACGUGGGAAACCAAGUUUUCCACAACCUGAAAAAACUCUCCAAGCUGUCCCUCAGUAACAACAGAAUCUCUCGUCUGGACAGCGGGGCUCUAAGCGGUCUGUCGAGUCUCAGACAGUUUCUGAUUGACGGCAAUGAGCUGGAGGAAAUCCCCGCCGGUCUGCUCGACUCUCUGGAGCGAAUUGAGGAGCUGGACUUCAGCCGCAACCGGAUCUCCAACGUGGACCCUUUGGCCUUUGCUCAACUGAAACAUCUGAAGGUGUUGAAGCUGAAGAAUAACAUGCUCACUAGCCUGUCAGGGGACAUUUUUGCUCUCAACAACGUGCUUUACGACCUGGAUCUCCAUGGCAACAACUGGACGUGCGACUGUCGUUUGCAGGAGCUGAAAAAAUGGAUGACUGCUGCACAUUCUCAGGGCAAGCUGUUGACUGUUUUUGUGCAGUGUCAUUACCCGGCAACUCUGAGGGGGAAAUAUCUGGACUAUGUGAACAGUUCCCAGCUGCAGCCCCCUGGGAACUGGACCCACUUGUGUGACAGCCAGGCCGGGCCAGAGGAAAGCCGGGGAGGGGAGGUUCUGGUCAAAACUGAGGUGAAAGAGCUAGGGGUGGUAGAUUUGAAUAAUCAGAAGGAUGGAGGGGAAGAAGGCCAGGUAGAGGAAGGAGCAGAUAUGAAUUUAAGAAAGGGGGCUAGUUCUGGGCUUAAGAUGAAGAAAGAAGUUGAGGAAACCAAGAGAGAGGGUCAAGAGGAGGUGGGAGUUCAAGGAGAUCAAGGGGGUCCUGAGUUGGAAGCACCCACUGCUUCAUUAGAAAGAAAGAAAUCAAAGAAAGAGUCACCUGGAAAGCGUGCCAAAGGGAGAAGAAGAUCAAAUACUUCCAGAACUGAUCCACCAAUUACCUCCACACCAAGUCCUGCUGGAAACCUGAACUCCAGUGAUCCAAUCACAGGACUCCCUUCAGUCCAGUCUGGAGAGAAGUUUGAUCUCCUGAGGUCAGACCACGAGGAAGCUCUUCCUGUUAUCACUGAUCCAUGUGUGUUCAACCGCCACUUCAUCACCAAUGUGUCAGUGGAUCAGGUGACGUCCAACACGGUCACUGUUUACUGGACCACCAGAAAUCAUCGCCGCUACACACCAGGACCCAGGUCCAGCUUAGAAGAGGUCCAUUAUCGGAUACUUUUUGAUCGAUUUGGGACUCAGGAUCGAUUUCCUCGCUAUGUUUACACCCGUGGAUCAGCUCGCUCUGUAACCCUGCGAGAGCUGAGCUCUGAUGUGACCUACCUGGUGUGUGUGGAAGGUGUGGUCGGUGGGUCUGUGUGUCAGGUAGCGCCACGUGACCACUGCACAGGCCUGGUCACUCUACCUGACUAUCCCAGUCGCGAGGGUGCACUGACCUCUGACCUCCAGCUGGUGACUGUGGCCGCACUGGCCGGAAACGCUGUUCUGCUGCUGGUGGUGGGCGGGGUAUGGCUGGGGCGGAGCUUGAAAAGGAGGCUACAGAAGAGGAAGUCAGCUGUACACGUGCGGCACAUGUACUCCACUAGACGACCUUUUCGUCCUACUAUGGCGACGGCCUCGGUGUCAGCUGACUUCACCACCUAUCAGAGCAGUCGACCUGCGCGACUUGCACCACUGGAGGAAGGGGAUCUCAUUGAGUUCCCUUGUGACCGUUUCCUUGACAACAGCAGUGUUCGCAGAGACAGUGACAUGCAGAGAUUUUCUGACUAA